AUGGAGCAAGAAAAAAAGGAACACAUUAAUGCACAUUUAAAGAAAAAAUGUUCAGAAAUAGAAUUUUAUACACCAAAAUCGAAUUUAUCUCAUGAAAGCUUGAACAGAGGCUCAGCAUUUAACAAUUUGCACAAAUAUGUUAAUACAAAUGUUACAGAUCAUCAUUUAAAUAUACAAAAACCUCAUUUGAAUUGUUCUGUUCCAGCUGUGAAUAAGAAAAAUAUUCUAUUAUUUAAAAAUAAAAAGGAAAGCUCUAUUUUAAACUAUAUCAAGGGAUAUAACAAUACCAAAAAUAUCUUCGUUAAAAAUGUUGAUAUAGAAAGUGCAAAUAGGAUAGGAGAUACAUCUGCAAAUUAUAAAACAACUAAUAAAAUAAAAGAAAAAAAAAAAGGCUUAAAAAAAUGUAAAGUUUCCAAAAAAUGUAUUUUUUCCGAUAGUUCAACGAGUAUUUUAAGCUACUUUAAAAAUGUUAAUACAAGUAAGAAAAGGGAAAAUAGUCUUACUAUCCAAUUUGCUGUUGAAAAAAAUAAGCAAAUUACAGUUAUCGAUAAAAUGUUAAGAGGAGAUAUUUAUAGUGUCUGUCGUUCUCCUUGUUAUAGUGAGAAAUGUUCUGAUAGAUAUAGUGAAUUUCUUUAUAACAAUAAGAAAAUACUUUCAGAAUGGGAUGGUGGUAAUGGAAAAAUGAAUAAGUGUGAAAAAUGUGAGGAAAACUUAUCAAAAGAAGGAAAAUUGAAAUUUGAAUAUUUACAAAAUAAUAUAAAAUAUGAUCAUAAGUAUAAUGAUUAUUUACACAAUGCUUAUCUGUAUUGUAAGAAAUAUUUCCUAUACUCUAAAAUGGAAUUCUUUAGUAAGUGUUUAUUUUACCGACAAAAAAACAUAAAAAAUUUUAUUUUCUUAAUUGAAGCCUUAUUUUUGCAAAAAAAAUACAUUGAUUUGUUGUGUUUGUUAAGGAAAUACAAAAGUUUAUGGGUUUUUUGUUGCAAAAGUGCAAAAAAAGGGAUAAUUGGAGAAAAAGGGGACAAUGCGAGAAACAUUGGCAAAAAGGGAAAAAAGGAAAUGAUAAGAAUGAAUUCUUUUUGUGAUAAAAAUUACACUAAAUUCUAUCCUGGUAUUAAUAACAAGUGUAUGGGAUUUAAUGAAAACGACCAAUAUAGUCCAUCAUUGUUUAACAGGGUAAAAAACAAUGAAACAUUCAAUGAUUUUUACUGCACUGAACUUAGCGUAGUGCACAAAUUAAAAAAUAAAGUAAGCAAAAAUAUAAAUAGUAUGUGUAAAACAAAAUUACAUUAUAAAUAUAAAAGUAAACAUAUAUAUGAUAUCACUGGUUCUAUUAAUAGCAUCAGAGCAAGGAAAAAAAUGUGUAAAGGGAAAAUUAGUAAAAAAAUGUAUUGCAUAUGUUAUAUAGCAUUUAUAAAAAUUUUAUCAUUAAUUAAAAUGAAUAAUCAGGUUUGCUUAAACAAGUGCAUAAAUUUUAUAAAAAAAAUAAAUAAAAAAUGCUUGUUAAAUAAAAAUGGUCAUUAUUUAACACAAACAGUUAUUCAAGUAUACGAAUUAAAGGGGUUAUAUAAUUGUGCCUUGAAAUAUUCUAUGCUGUUAUUUUUGAAAUGCCCCUUAUAUCCCCAAAUAAUCAGGAAACUUUUCAGCUUUUCCAUAUUAUGUUUAAAAGAUGAAAUUCAUUUAAUUUUACUAGCUAAAUAUCAUAAAAAUAUUUCAUGGAUAAAAUAUUUUUUUAUAUUUAUUCUAUAUUCAGUGAAUUACCAAUUUCAAUGUAAAAAAACUCUCGACAAUUUUCUUUUUCUUAUUGAAAAGGUCACAAGGUGCAAAAAAAAGAAUGUCAGAAAAAGUGUAACAAAAGGAGGGAAAACAAUUAUAAGGAAAAUUAUCCAUAAUAAAUGUGGUCUCAAUGGUUCAAGCUGCUUGUGCUGCAAUAUGAUGGAUGAAAACAUUGAAGAAGUGCAUAACACAAAAAGUGACAACAAAAAUAUGGAAAUAAAUUUUAAGAAGAAGAAAGAGUAUCAAAAUGAAGAACUCCACAUUAAUCGAAUUAACCAAAUUUGCCAUGUUAAUCAUAUUAGCAAAAACACCAAUGAACGUCAAUGGGGUGAUAGGCGCGAAUGGGGCGAGGAGAGAGAACACAAAGAGGAGUGGAAAAAAGGGAAAUAUUUUGAUCAUCCAUCAGAUUUAAAUUAUUCAUGUGGGAAUAACUUAUACAACGAUAGAGACAACACAAAUGUGAACAUUUAUAAAAAAAUUACACUAUACAAUUCUUCACAUAACAAAGUCACAUUAUAUGACGCUUAUGUAUAUAUUGCACAUAAUAAAUUUUCAAGCUAUUUUCCAAAAUUCUUCUUAUAUUCCAAAUUAUAUAUAUUAAUCAAUAUUAAAAGAAGUUUUUAUGAAAAAAAUUUCACAAUGUCUUAUAGUUUAAGCAAGCUAUUAUUGACAUACCAUAUGUAUGAUUCAUCUGUAAUAACUUUCUUUGUAAAUUCUGCAUAUUUAUUAAAUAAAAUUAGCUGCAUAAAAAAAUUAGCGCAAGAAUUAAAAAAAAAUAACCAAACUAUUUAUUUUUUAUUCUGUAACGCAGCAUUAUUGCUACAUUUUAAGCAGAUUGAACGAUCUAUUCAAAUAUAUAAAUACAUUGUGGAUUCAUACGAGAACAUUUUUUCUGACUUGUAUUUUUAUUCCUUGUUUAAUUUAAUAUAUGAAUUACAAUUAACACAAAAAGCGCAUCAAAUUAUUUCCCUUUGUAAAAAUUUUAAUAAGUUAUUUUUCAAUAAUAUAUAUUCAUAUAUAUUAUUAUCAUAUUAUUACUUAGUAAAUGAUCUUCCCAUCAAGUGUUACACCUCUCUCAUAAAGGCAUAUAACUUAUAUCAUUAUCACCCUGACGUAUAUUACAUUCUUUCAUUACUCGCUCUAACGGUUAAGAAGUACGAAGAAUAUAUAACUUUCAGUGAAUUGGCUCUUUUUUUUAGCUUAAAAAAACAAAAAUUGAGAAAUUAUAUUUUUUCUAAAAUUUAUGAAGAACAACACAAAUACGUACCUUUUUAUUUGUUAAAUUACAAUUUUGAGAAAAUGGAUUCUGGUGGAAUAACAAAAAAUGUGAUAACAAAUUUAAGCUCUCUUUUGAAUUACGUGUACUUUGAGAAUUUAAUAAAAUCAUAUAUUAUACUUCACUUCUGUUCUCCUAAAAGGAGAAAUUUAAAUUAUCUUAUUUUAAGCAAAAAUUUGAGCAUCGUUGCUCUAAAUUUUUUUUCAAAGGAUAUAAGACUAUUACAUAGUAAGGAGUAA